GAGGCAGCGUGAAUAUGUAUAGAUUAUAUUGCGCGGCACGCAAACCUAGAAAUAAUUAAGGCCAAUUCUAGGAUUCGGUUGUGAAUUUUCUCGGCAAAUCCCUACUGCGUAUCUCAUGCAAUCGAAACCAAGCAUAUAUGUUACAAUUUAUCCAAACACACAUUUUGACUAGAAGGGAAGGUAUUAUAAGAAGGUUAAAUUUUCGCUCCUUAAGAACACCAAAGAGAGCUUAAUUAUGUUUUCUCUGAGUUUUAUUUGAAGUUGUUUGCUGUUCACCGCCGAAAAAGCCGCAUCCCCAAAUUGGCAGGUGUCUAAUAACAAAGGCGCCAGCUCUUGUUCCGUCUGGAUAUCUAGUCGCAGUGCUCUUGAAGAAAUAAACACAUACACGCGACGUGGCGACUGAUCGCGAAAUUUUGUAGGGGAUGGCAUAAACACCCGACUGGUUGUGAAAAAUUAUCCAGUUGUUCUCAGCACAAUUAAAGUGUGGCAGAAUAUUUGCGCGUGCCUCCCACUUGGAAACAAAGUGGUCGAUUUGUUCUUCAAUCAUUUCCCAAAACACGAGCAAAACAGGUGGUUUUUCAGUUGUAUUUCGAGGAGCAAUUACGUGCUUGAGAAAAACGAAAAAAAGUGUUUUGGGUCGACUGAAGUGAUCAUGCCGUCGACUGAUUUCUCGGGGUCCUCACUUGACGCUGCAAGUAGCGAGGUUGUUUUCCACGUUUCUGGCGUUUUGAAAAUAAUGAUCGUGGUGGUUUUUAAAUUUACACGAAUAUGAUCAAGGUAUUUUGAUCCUAAUUCUCUUUUUAUGAAGCGAAGGUCGUUAACUGAAUUAUAACCAAUGGGAGUAAAAAUCUUAAUUUUGAUCUUUUUCUUGACCUAUUUUUUGCCUAAUUCCCAUAUGAAAACCCAGUGCGAUCGUCCUCUUAUUUAAAACUGUCUCGUGGUCCUUGCUUUCAAGAAGUCUCUUAAACACUGUCCCCGUUCAGAUUGGAGUAAAAUUGAAUAAUCCCCACAUUUUUAAUUUUACAACUCAUAUUUAAUCCAGUUUAUGCCAGUAUACCAGCUAAAGUAAACAGAAAUACCCGCCUUUUAAAAGGGACAAAAACAACAAACAAAUUAGGAAAUCGACGGCAAGCUUUUAGCUGAGGUAAGAACGACUGAGUUAAUUUUCGUUCGUUGAAAUACGCAACUUUAGCGUAGUUACGAGGACCAGAAAAAUAAUUGUAAAUUAUUUGCGAAAUAGAGGAAGUAUAUGCAAGAUUAUAUUUAUUUGCGAUCGAAAGCCAAUAUCGCGGAAUGUCCGCCAUGUAUACUGAAUUUUUGCCGUCCAGCAUUAAUUAAAUCAGAUCGCGGCACUAUGUAAAUAAGUGAAGAAAGGUUCAAGGAAGUUUUUCUAGCUUUCCCCGUGUUGUUAGCUUGUGUUGUGGGUCGGCGUGCCGAGCAAAUAACGAUCCGACGAUGAAUCUAAAUAUUGACCCCUUUUCUCCGCUCGAUAUUUGAAUAACAUAUAGUUAGUAAUGAAACGCCAUAUUCGUAUUAAAAUAAACAGUACAUAUUACAACAAGCCGACAACUUCCUCAGUUAGAAAACACGUUAUAAUUUUAGAUUGCGAGCUUGAAAACCAACUAACAGUACAAGGAUGUAAGCACGCGCGUCUUGAUAUUUUUCAGUAGUUUUUACAAUUAUCAACUCCGUGGUUUUGUUUUCCGCGAAUUCGAUAUUUCAGUUUCAAGCUGCGCUGAAUGUUGGAAAUUGUAACGCAUUUCCUCUUACUCCUCCUAUCUCAUCCUCAGAGACAGCGGGGCGAAAGAUUUAGACGAAAACAAAUCGUUCCUCUAUUCGCUGAAAGUCUUCCGCACACUAACAGAUCGCAAACAAAUAUCUGUCAUUGUCUUCGCUAAUUUAAAAUUGCGAUAGGUAAUAAACACAACACACUUUGGUCAGGCUUUAUCUCAAGCGACAAGAUCAUUAGUUUAGGGGAAAAAUGCAAAAAUACAUGGCACCUUAAGCAUUCGACGGCUCGUUAUCCGAAAUUUGAGCUGCGGCGAAUCAUAUUAUUUGAACUACUUCAAAAGCAUUUUAACACACUUUUUUUUUCAUUAACGAAGGUCUCGCUUUUUUCAUUGGGAAGGGAGGGACUUCUUGCCAAAUAAAGAUUUGAAUACAAGAUUCAAAAUACGGACUAAUUAAUAGACAUUCAGAAAACAGACAAAUCACAAGGCAGAUGUCACACCCCUCGACAUGUCUUUAAGAGCGCUGCCAACGCGCUUUUUUCGUCACUUGGCGACAACAAUCAUUUCGUACGCGUGUUUUUACGCAUUGUCUCUUAUUGUUGUUACAAAGCGCACCAGGAUAACUACGGAGGUACAAGCGUGCAGAGCAUAUUAGUCCACAACAAACCAGUGGCGACAUGAACGGCUCCAGUUGUGGAGGUGGCGCUAACACCACAUUCGGCCUGGCUAACAUGAUCUCGCAAGCCAGUUUCGUCAUUUUUAUUCUGAUUCUCGAUGUCUGCGGAAAUUGCCUUGUGAUCGGCGCGAUUCUUCGUUACAGACGACUUCGAACAAUUACCAACUACUUCAUCAUCUCGUUGGCAGUAUCAGAUCUCCUUAUCGCCGCGCUUUCAAUGUCGUUUCGCAUUCACCACACUCUCAAGUCGCUGUGCUGGGAUCUCGGGGAAACGAUCUGCGAAUUUUGGGUCUUCGUGGACCUGCUGUGUUCUUGCGCUUCAAUAACAAACCUCAGUCUUAUCUCGAUCGACCGGUUCCUCGCUCUGACCUUCCCUUUGAGCUAUAGAAGCAUCAUGACGAAGGCUAGAGCAAUAGCUGCCAUUGCGUUCGUCUGGGGAUAUUCCGGACUGUUAGCAUCUCUCUCCUUCAUGAACUGGUCUGCGGACGCGUCCACAAGCGCUAGUGGAGAAUGCAAGAAAACUGACCGUUACUAUUACACGUUUGCUAUAACCGCAGGCUUUUUCCUGCCUUUAAUCAUUCUCGUCAUCAACUAUUCUAUGGUCUUCAAAGUCGCCUUCACUCAGGCGAAGAAGCUGCAGCAGUUGAAAUCAGCGAGUUCGAUGGAGCCUGCUGAAACAUCUGAUGCCGACUUUAGCCCCGAUCCACGGCCCAGCGUCAUCAGCAUCGGACGGGUCGAACGUAAACGACGAAAAUCGAUCGUGCGCGAGCUGAAAGCCACCAAGACCCUGGCGAUUGUUAUAGGGACUUUCAUCGUGUGUUGGCUUCCGUUCUUCAUCAUAAUGUUCGUCGUUCAGUUUUGCGAUCUCUGCUUGCAUAAAAUUCAUCCCACCGCAACACAAUUUGUCGCGAUCGUAUUCGUUUAUGUUUUACCACUGUUGAACUCGGCUGUCAAUCCCAUCAUCUACUCGAGCUUUAACAGUGACUUCCGUUCCGCUUUCAAGGACAUUUUUAUCCGCGUCUGCACAAUCUGCGGACGGGACAGCUACACUCACAGAUCGUCCUCGGGAGACGAAGACGUUUCUGUCGUGACAUUUUUCCAGAGCAAAUACUACAACGGUACAACUCCACAAAUAGUGAUCCAAGAAGCGAACUCGGCAUCCGAAGAAGGGGAUUCAGUAUAAUUAGACAGUUAUUCUCGAUAGAGAAAAGAUUCAUAUCAGCGGAUCUAAGCUAGUAGGAGCUACUCGACUGAAUUUCGCGCGGCGAAAAGAGUCGCUUAAAUAAGCACUAUAGCGAGUAACACUAACUCUCUAAAUAAAUUGCCUCCAGAUCACUGUUUUUGUUCAGGCGCUUCCACGGUCAAAAAUUAAACAAGAUUUCAAUUUUACCUUGUCGUUUUGUCUACUGAACUGCUUUAAUGAAUGCGGCUAGAUCUCUUUUGGCGACACAUCAAAAGUGUCAUUAACCGAAAAAGCUCUCAAGCAAAUUUGUAGCGUUGGCGUUGAACAUUUCUUUAACUCUGCGAUACAUGUUAAUUUUGAUAUUCCUUAGGAAAUAAACCAUUUAUUGAAAUAAAAACAUUAAGGAUAGA